AGAAUACAAUGUUUUCGAUUUAAUGAAGUUGAAAAAAAGCUCCCAGGUCCGCGUCCCUAGGCGCCUCCGUUUGAUGGCCCUCCUCCGAUCCAAAUCCGGCGCUCAGUCUUCCUCCUCCUGAAGAAGCUCGGUCUCCUCUUCCAUGGCUUCAAAGGGUAAAGCUCCUCCUCCGCUGCGGUCACGACCUCCACCAGAUCCACCACCAUUCACGAUUCCUCCGAUACCGUUUGAAUCUCUCAUUCUCACAGAGCCACCAGAGCCGCCAAACCCUCCAGAUGCGACCUUCACCUUCGUUCUUCAAGUCUUAGAUCUGGAAUCCCCUGCCUCAACCAUGGUGUUGGGUACCACGAGUGGUGUUGCUCCUGGUGUAUCCACGAGUAGAGAACUCUCUUCCACCGCACGGAGUCCAAGACAGCCGCACAACAAGCUCCUCCACCAGAAUGAAGAUCUGGAUUUCAACAGGGCCUUUCCGAUAGUUCCUCCGGUCCCUCCAGAAUCUGAAGCUUUUAUGCCAUGGGAUCUCUGCUAUGACGUGGAUGUGAUAUCCACUCAGCCUCUUCUGCUGCUUCUUCCACUGGCUGAAGUUUCUCUUAUCCGCACUCUCACCAUUACGGGGAGUCUUGAGGACUGGGCUUUGAAGGAUGAAAUAUUGACGGUGAAUUGCUUUCUAAAGGCAGCUUUUAUUACCUUAGCGCAAGCUUUUGGAGGGUAUCUCUUUACUGUUAUGUGCAGGUCUCAGCCAAAGCAUUUUUUCACAGGGAAACCUUGGUCACACGUUGAUGGACCCAGUUUUCUUUCCUUCAAGCUGUCGCAAGAUGUUAUGAUGUUCUGGAAUGACUCUUUCCCUCGUUUUGAGGAUGUUACACACCCUUGGAGUUUCAGGGUGAAGUUCGUUUUACCUCUGUAUGAGGAAGUUACUCUUUGUAGUACCACUUUAUUACCUCAUUGCGAGGCUGCUACAUGGAAUUGUGUCUUUGUGGCUAUGGAUUCUAUUGUAUCAGACUGGUCUACUUGGCUAUGGUGGUCCUGCUCACAGCUAUUAGGCUCUUCAGCUUCUCCAUCUGCAACAUCAAUUGGACUCUCAAGUCUCCCGUGUCUUUCGGACUCAAUUGUCCCCUGUUUUGCCCUACGCUUAGGGAUGGAUUUGAAUGAGAUCACAGGUUUCUUCAUCUUUGAAAACCUUGUCACUCUCUUCACUCCUUUAUCUUGUUGUUCUAAUUUAUGCACAGCAAUUUGUUUAGCUGUUGCCUUUGCAAAGGGUUUAGUACCCAAACUUUGUUGUUUAAAUACUCUAGUUUGAGUUGAGUAUGAAAUGAAACUGUUGACAAAAAAAAAAAAA